AUGGUUUCUCUGAUCAGCUGGGUGUUGUGCAGUGUUGUGUAGAUGCAUGAGUGUAUGCUUGCAAUGCUCGUCUUCGUUAAAUUUUCUAAGGCCAUCGUCUAUCGCCGUGUACACUAAUCGGCAAAUUUAUUUAGUGUCUGUCAGGACUAAAGAAAAAUAAUUAAUUUGAAAAAUAAAAAAAAAAAAAAAAUGGCACCAGACAGACCUGAUCAAUCGGGACUGGAGACAACAUGUAAUUUAACCGUUUCACGAGUUUUUAAUAUUGGCGAUGCAGUAGUAACACUGAAAGAAGCAGAUAGUGCUAGCGCAUUGGCUGACAAGAAUAAUGUUAAUAUAGUUGACGUAGCUUCAUCAGAUAUUAUCAAUAAUCCUCCGAUUGUUAAAAAUCUAAAUGAAUUUGGUAAUGCAUUAAUAGUUAAACAAAAUCAAUCCGACGACGAUCUUACGUCGUUAACGUGGCUUCAUCAGCAAAAUCUUCUUAAAGGGCUAGAAAUUUCAAGUCCUACCAAAAGUAUCAAAGAUGAAAAUAUUAAUAAUAACAACAAUAACAUUAAUAAUAACAAUAAUAAUAAUAAUAAUAAUAACAACAAUAACAAUAAUGUAUGUGAGGAUAGUACAGAACUUUCAGAGAAUACAAACUCUACUUCAAGUAUUGAUGAUAAUUAUUUUUCAGGAAAAUUAUGCCAAAGUAAUCAAAACUCUGAUCAGAAUAAUGAAAAAUCCGAGCCAUUCUUUCAGGACACUGGGAAAAAUUCUUACAUUGGAACUCAACAAAGUAAUCAAGUCAAGAUAUCAUUGAACAACAAUAAUUUGCCAGUUUCAAAUCGCAAUAAACAUCCAACUCACAUACCUUACGAUCCUCAUUUGCAUAAAAAUAGUAAACCGCCGUAUUCAUUUUCUUGCCUUAUCUUCAUGGCAAUUGAAGAUAGUCCAAUGAAGGCAUUACCAGUUAAAGAAGUGUAUGCUUGGAUACUUGAUCAUUUUCCUUACUUUAGAAAUGCACCAACUGGAUGGAAGAAUUCUGUUAGGCAUAAUCUAAGUUUAAACAAGUGUUUUCGUAAAGUAGAAAAAGCACCAAAUUUAGGAAAGGGUUCAUUAUGGAUGGUAGAUGAUCAGUAUCGUCCAAAUUUAAUUCAAGCGUUAUCGCGAGCCCCCUUCCCUCCACCAACUGGACAAAAUAUUUCUUCACCAGACAAAACUAUGAAAAAAAAUACUAGUACCCGACUUCCUGAUCCUGUGUUGUUCCCUUAUUUAUCGAAGAGGCUUGCAUCCAGUAAUAUUACUGAUAGUCCAGAACUUGAAUUUGACAGUGACGUUGAUGCUGCUGCCGUUGCUAUGCUUUCUUUUAAACAUGGGCCUAUUAUUCUUAAUCAUAAUAAAGAGCGAAAACGAAAAUCUAAUAUUCAACCCGAAAAAUUGAUACCUGUAAUUACGCGAAGUUCUAGUGAAGAUCAUACAUAUAGCUGUAUAACUUCCUUAAAAUCUGACAGUAAAGCGUCGAAUAGCUCAAUCUUAAACGAUACGGGAACAGACGUUGAUGAACAACGUAAAAUAGCCGAAGGCGCGGAUGCUCUACUCAAUCUUGCUGGAGUGGCUUUUGUUAAUAACAACAAUUGCUGUACGCAUAAUUCUCAAGAACUAACUACAAAUACCGUCAGUACAAUUGCAGUAAAUCAUACCAUCAAAUUGCCGUCAGUACAGGUAUCCCCAUCUAAAUCAAAGCGACGCAUCAUCUCGAGCGAUUACUCUAGUCUACCAGACAAACGGCGUAAGCGCUGGCGAGAGUGGGGUGAAAGUAACAGGUACCCUAAACAAAUCCGGGGUUAGUGAUAAGUGUUUGUUCAUAGUUUUUUCUUUCGGACAAAAGAAAGAUUUUUUUUAAAACGAGAUGAAAUAAAUAAUUAGCUGUACGUCAACUCUAUACAGUGGCCAAAGUUAUAUUUUCAAGAAAAAAAAUAUAAAGAUUUUAAGAAAAGUAGUUAAUAAAUGGUGAAGGAAUUUAAAAAAUAAUACUAAAAUUUUAAGUGUUUUUUUCGAUUAUAAUUUAAUAGAGAUUUAUUAUAUUUAUUAUUAUUGGUGCAAAUAAAUCUCUAUUACACAUAAAGGUAUGUUGAAAAAAAAGCACUGAAAUACGAGCAAUAAUAGAAAUGAUUAAAUGAUAAUUAUUAGUAAGAGAUAAAUAUAUAAAUAUAUAUAUAAAUAUAUUCAUAUGAAAAAACGUAGGAUCAGUCACGAAUCAAAGAUAAUUAUAAUUUUAAGUAAUACAUCCAACCGAAUAAAAGUAAUGACAUGAAAAUUAGACAAAAAACUUUUUAUAAAUAUUGUAAAGAAAUGUUUUGCCAAUUUUAAAAAUGUUUUAAGACAAAAAUAGCUAGUUGCUAGUACACAUAUUGUGAGAUGAGGAUAUAUUAAAUAAAAGAAGAAUCUAAUUAAUGAUUAUUACAUAUAUAUAUAUAUAUAUUUAUAUAUAUAUAUAUAUAUAUAUAUAUAUAUAUAUAUAUAUAUAUGUAUCCGUUUAGAGAAAUUAAUAUAUUUGAAUCAUGAGGAUAAUGAUAAAAAACUAGUGGUAACAUAAUAUAAGGAAAAAUUGUGAGAUAAAAUAGUAUUUUAUUGUAAAUACCACUUAUAUAUGCUCGGAUAACGUUCUAGUUAAAAAAUAAUGAAUCAUCUAAAAUUCAGAAAAAAAAAAAGAAAUAAUAGAAACGUGAAAAUUAUCAUCACGAAUAAAACCAAAAUAAUAAAAUAGAAAAAAAAUUACAAUUUGCCCUAUAUAUAUGGUUUCACAAAAAAAAAAAUUCAAACUACGCUAUACAUCAUAAUAAAUCGUUUUUAAUUUUCAUAACGCUUUCUCUUGUUUUGUUAUUAGUAUCUUAAUUAUUUUGGCACAUUUGUAGAAACAGCAAUAGAGGAUUCUUAAUCAUAUUUUUAAUAAAUAAAAGUACUCUAACAAUAUACACAUUAAAAUAGUUUGUAUCAAUUAAUAUCAGAAUAAACGAAAAAAAGUUGAGUAAUAUUCAGUAUGUUAUCUUGUGAUUAACUAAAUUGAUAAUCUCAAAGUCCGAAUGUACUAUGUAUCUUUUAUUAAGAAAUCUUUUUUUCAAAUUUUCCGUUAACAUACGGCAUAGUAAAAAAACAAAAAAUUCGAGAAAAAAUGGUUUUUUGAAGAAAUUUUAAUUUUACAGCUUUAAUUAUUUUUUAGCGCAUCUAUAUAUCUCGAAAUCAUACUUGAUUUUUUAAUAAUUUUAGCAAAGAAAACUGUUAGUUUUUUUUUUCUUUUGUUGUUUACUUCGUAACUAAUCAAAAUCAAGUUUAAUAAUUUUAAAGAUGUUAAUAUCUUAAAUUUUGUCGUAAAAAUAUUAUUAAGAAAUCUGACGGUAACCGAAUGAC